AUGAUAACGGAGCGACAAUCUCUGUUAAAUCAAAUUAGUCUGAUAUGCAUUGUCACUCAGCCGCUAGAGAGUCACCCGGCUUGCCAGAGUCUAUCCCUCCACUCGUUCCUGAUGCUACCGAUGCAGCGAGUGACGAGACUCCCGUUGUUGAUGGAUGCGGUGCUGAAGAACCUCUCAUCAGAAGACGAAGAAAUUGAUGAAAUUGCUGAAAACAUUGAAGAAUCAUUGUGCAAUCAUCUGAGGACUAGUCAAUUCUCAAUUCAGUUGGUUGAGUCCACUUUACCAACUAAUGAAGCAUUGUAGCUGUCUUACGUGAGGUUUAUAAAAGAUGAGAAAAUAUGUGAAGAACAAUUGUUUGCUGGAAAUUUAGAGACCGAUACAAAAGGCGAAACCAUAUUCAAUACAUUGGAAAAGUAUUGUGAUGAGAAAGAGAUUCCGUCGAAAAAGAUUAUAUCAGUUGCUAAGAAUAAAAUUCCUGAUGGCCUUCCUGUACAUCACGUUAUUCAUAGACAACAUUUGGUUGCCAGAAAUUUAAGUGAACGACUAUUUCAAUCAGUGCAAUAUGUCAUCAAAGCAGUCAAUAAAAUCCGUAACAGCUCUUUGAAUGAUAGAUUAUUAUCAUCAGUUUUGUGUUACUAAUGACGAAGAUUUGGCUAUCAAGAGGCAACUAAUUGCCUGACUCGAUUUUACAACCUGUCUGACUCUGUGAUAGAGUUCUUGGAAACUAAAGAUACAGAAUUGCGCAACAAGCUCAUUACAUCAAAACAUGACAUAGCUUACAUUACUUACUUACUAUUAAUACUUUCAAAUGUCAACACAGCAAUAUCACCUCAGCUGGAAGAAGAACUAACAGAAUUGACAACGAACGAGGAAAUAAAAAUAAAGUUCAAAAAUGGCUAUCAAGAAUGUUGGCUACAAAAUCCGAUCCCGCAAUCGUACCCUGGAUUCCUGUCAAUCGUUCAACGAUUCUUGACAGCAUUCCCAUCGUCAUAUUUGUGUGAAGGCGGAUUUAGUGCUGUGGCAACGCUGCUUACUAAAAAGGGAAAUCGUUUGCAUGCAACGUGGCGACUUGUGGCUGUUCUUGAGUAAAUUGGAACCUUGAUAUCAACAAACUUAUUAAACAGCAUCAGAUUCAUCCUACACAUUAGUUUUUAUAUUAGAAUCGAUUAUGUAUGUUUUAUUUUGAAUAAAAGAUACUCUGAAUACUAUA